UUUUGUAGACAAUUAUUAUUAAUUAAUUCGUUAUCAAUUAUUAUCAUUAUCCAGGCAAUAAAUAGGAGUGACCCUGUUUCUGACAAUAUUUUUCGCCACCAGAGGGGAAGUUCACCUCCAAUUUUAGAAACAGUACGUCGAAAAAUUUUGAAAAAUUACAUAUCGUAAAAUUAAGAAUUACACUGAGUGUUAUCUGGCUUGGCCCUUUGUAUUCUUGGUGGAAAUACGAGUAAGAAACGAAGCUUUUUGCCAAAUCCAAAAAUUGGUAAGUUUCACCUGUUGGGUUACACAAUUGUAAAACCUAUAUUAAAUUGUACAAUUUCCAUGUUUUACAAAAACCUACACAAAAAUAAAAACAAGGGUGGAUUACGCGCAAAAUCAAAAUAAGGUAUAUCGAAUAUAAUAGUUUUUGGUGGUCUACCUGUCACCCACUUAACGAUACAAUAUAAUACUAUUACAAUCUACUAUUCUAGAAAAAAUGAAUGGAAAAUGCUUAUUAAAUCCAAAAUAGUGACACAGCUUGCAGCGUUUAUGUAUAGUCGGAAGGAAAAUCCUGUUAGCAUGAGUUAAUGUAGAAACGUUGUUGGCUACUUAGUAUAAUUGAUGUUUACAUAUAUCCUUAUAUAUAUACUAAGUACUCUACUAGUAUAUUUUGUUUUCUCCUAUCAUUGGAAAAGACGAUGGCUUUACUAUUACGCGAUGAAGAUUCCAGGUCCUUUUAAUUUUCCGAUAAUUGGACCUACUCAUUUGCUACUAGGAGGCAGUAAAGAACUUAUGAAUAACCUGUUGUAUCUUACAACAAAGUACCCACCAUUAUUUAAAAUAUGGAUACAACAGGAAUUGUAUGUUAGCACAACUCGUCCAGAAGAUGUGAAAAUAAUACUUUCUAACGAACUGGAUAAGGGUGAAUUUUAUAAAAUAAGCAAAGAUUAUUUUAAGGAGUCCUUACUGAUUGCGCCCCUACACAUAUGGAAAGAUCAUAGAAAAAUCAUAAAUCGAACUUUCCAGACAAAUGUUAUAAAUUCCUUUGCCCCGAUCUUUGCGAAAUACGCGAAUAUCGUGUGUGAUGAUUUAAAAAAUAAUAUAUCUGUUUACAACACGGAACCAAAAGAUAUUUUCCCUAUUUUAUGGAAAUUUACAUUCGCGUCUGCUUGCGAAACUCUAGGAGAUGUAGAUGCAAAUCUAAUAAUUGAGAAAGACACAUUUCUUUCUGGGCUUUUCAGGUUUGAAGAGAUAUUAACAGAACGUUUUUACAAUCCAUUUUUACGAAGUGAUUUCUUCUGGAAAUUUUCUGUCCUAAAAAAAGAGACAAUGGUAAUUUCAGAAAAAGCUCGUGAUUUCGUCGAACAGAUAAUACGAAUUAAUCGAUGUUCCAAGGGCCAACAAACACAAGAUGUUAAAAAUGAUGCUCUGGAAAAGAGGCUUUUUUUAAAUUAUUUAUUGGAAUUGCGUGACACGGAGGAAUUGACGCAUGAAGCCAUUUUACAGGAAACUCCUCUUAUGCUUUUUGCUGCUAGUGAAACAACUGCAAUAACCAUAAGUUCGGUGUUGUUAGUAUUAGGUCUACAUCAUAAUAUUCAGGAAAAUAUCUUCAAAGAGGUAACUUCCAUCUUAGGAAAUCGUGACAGGAACUUUACAAUAGAAGAUGUAAGCAAUAUGGAUUAUUUGGAACGUGUUAUUAAAGAAACCAUGAGAAUAUUUGCUCCAAUACCAUUCAUAUUAAGAACCUUAGACCAAGAUGUCACUCUAGAUAAAUACGUUCUCCCUGCCGGUACGAGAGUGUUUUUCCCAAUUGCAACUCUUCACAGAAGAGCCGAUUUAUGGCCAGAUCCUCUCAAGUUUGAUCCAGAUAGAUUUUUACCUGGAGAAGUUCGAAAACGAAAUCCUUUUAUAGUGAACCAAGAGUUAGUCUUGGUUCACUAUACUUACAUCCCUUUCAGUUGUGGUGCACGAAACUGUAUCGGUUUAAAAUAUGCUAUGUUAUCCAUGAAGAUUAUUCUUGCAACUAUUGUCAAAAACUACAAAAUAAUGGAAACUGUUGAUUACAAAAAUAUCGAAGAUAUUGAUUACUAUUUUUUGUUAGUAUCGAAAGCACGAAAAGGUUACCGACUAAAAUUCGAAACGAGGAAUGAAUAAGUCAUCUCAUUUAACACUCAGCAACAGAUCCAAUUUAAGUCUUCAGCAUUCAUAACCACAAAUCACAACCCAUACAGUCCUAAUGGAAACCCAAUUACGAAUUUAAAACAACAAAAUAAAGGCCAACAAUAAACAAUAUAUCAAGAUAAAAUGUUUAGCAAAACUUUUAUUUGCUUGUUGAUUAAUUAAUUAUAUUAAACGUUCUUUGUAGAUAGUUUUUCUGCAAAAAGUCUAUUUUUAGCGGUAAGGUAACUUUCAAGUGAUUAUUAUGACAUAAUUUGGAAUUUGGUUUUUCUGUAAUCGUCUCGAAUAAACUACGAUCUAUUCAUGUAUUGUGAUUAAAAUGUUACUUAGAUGAUAACUGACUUGUUAUUAAAUUUUACUUAUCUACGUUACAAUUUGGAAAAGGAGUGUUUAAAACAACUGCAAAAAAUUGUAGCUGACUGAUCGAAACAUUAGCAAUUAGCCUCAGCCUCGGAAGAAAAGUAGCUUUCUUGGCUAGAUAGAUUUCUUUCAAUGUUAAAUACUCCUACAACUGCAAGAUCUCAAAGUAUUCAUUUCUGAAACUCUUGAGUUAUUCAAUAAAAUAAAUUGACUUAUCCACUAAUUUA